CUCAAUUCGAAUCCCCCAGCCUCACCCUACUCAACCCCAUGCAAUAACCACACACAGAGAAAAAAAAAGAAGAUGUCCCUCUUCACCAAAACGAUCCACAUUACCGCCAACCCACCCCCCCGCACCCUCGCCGACAGCAAACUCAUCCUCUCCGCCCUGCAGAAAUUCGGUGAAGUCGUGACAUUUCGCAAUCUGAAGUACGAAGUAACAAACACCACUCCCCGUCCUGAAAGCCACACCCUCAUCGCCAUCUACGAGGCGACCUCCGCUGCCUCGGCUGCGAUUGCGGCCUCACCUUUACAUAUACCCCUGCCUGUACCUGUAUCUGCACCUUCUAGGGAGACGGGGUUUGGCACGAAACCGCAACAGCAGGGAGGAAUACAACAAAUCCACCCCCGCGAACAAGAACCCCACCAAUCACCACCACCACCACCGAAAUACUAUACCCCCCUUCCCCUUGCGCAAUCAUCCACAAAAUCACCACCACCAGGAGCAGCAGCAACAGCAGGCAGCACCAUGCAAUGCACCCUCACCGCCUCACGCACCAACCACACCGCCGCCAUCCGCAAGAAUCCCUGGCACGCGGGCUUCGAGAUCGAGCGUCAGAGCCAUCCGUACAUGUACGAGGACCUCGUGAAGGCGGGAAUCCCUUUGGCGGAGUUGGCUGAUGGGCCGGCGCGGCGGAAGGGGGUCGUGGCACAUGGGCGGCGGCAGAAGGUGGAGCGGGAGACGGAGAAGUGGGGGGCGGGGAGUUUGAUGGGGAUGUAUCGGGGGAGGGCUGCGCGGACGGGGGGGACAGGUGUCUGA